AUCGAGCUUCUCUCUCCGCGGUCCAGCCGAUUUACACGGGGUUGCAAGCCAUACCUGCAAGUCUACGCCUCGGAAAUGAUGCAUUCCUUCGCCGCGCGCGCCGCGCGCGCUGCUGCGAGCACCAAAACCGUGCGCAAGGCCUCCAAUGUCGCUGUACAGGGCAGUGCGGAGACCCAAGGUUUUGCGAGAGAUGGCGUUUCGAGCUGCAAGCCGUCGGCGCGACGUCGUCCGGGGCCGGCGCGACGCCGCGGAGGCCGGCGGCUGGGAUUCAAUGCAACGCGGUCGUCCGUCGAGGCGCGACGGUGGGGUUUCCGCGCAGGUGCUGGGCGCCGCGGGCGGCAUCGGCCAGCCGCUCUCGCUCCUCCUCAAGGCGGACCCGCUCGUGAGCGGCCUCUCGCUCUACGACGUCGUGAACACGCCGGGCGUCGCCGCGGACCUGAGCCACUGCAACACGCCCGCGACGGUGACGGGCGUCACGGGCGUCGGCAACGCCGAGGAGGCGCUGAAAGGUGCUGAUGUUGUUGUCAUUCCGGCCGGUUCGUAGUUCAGGGUCCUUUUUUUUUACUUCCGUGGCGCCGGCGUGUCGACGGCUGCCUAUGUGACAGAGCGGUGCGCCACGCCAUCGCCGCGACCCAUAAACAACGCAGGCGUCCCGCGCAAGCCGGGCAUGACGCGCGACGACCUCUUCAACACGAACGCGUCCAUCGUCGCGUCCUUAGCCGAGGCGUGCGCGAAGGCCUGCCCCAACGCGUGCUACCUCAUCAUCUCCAACCCGGUCGGCGACGCGGCGCGGAAAGGAACUUGACGUGGUCGCGUCGAUGGCGUCUUCAUGAGACCACAGUGACGCCGUCGACCGUCGCGACGCCAUCGACGCGACGCCGGAGGUCACGGGACAAAACGCAGGUCAACAGCACCGUGCCCAUCUUCGCGGAAACACUCAAAAAGCACGGCGUCUACGACAAGAACAAGCUCAUCGGGGUCACGACGCUCGACGUCGUCCGUGCCAAUACCUUCGUCGCGGAGAACCAGGGCAAGGACGUGCGCGACGUGAAGGUCGACGUGAUUGGGGGCCACGCGGGCACGACGAUCAUCCCCCUCCUCUCGCAAGUGCCCUCCACAUCAUUCUCCGACGCGGACAUCGAAGCAUUGACGCAGCGCAUCAUGUUCGGCGGCGACGAGGUCGUCAAGGCCAAGGACGGCGCCGGCUCGGCGACGCUCUCCAUGGCUUAUGCGGGUGCCCACUUCACGUCGCAGCUCCUCAAGGCGCUGGACGGGCAGAGCGGCAUCCAGGAGUGCGCGUUCGUCGAGUCCUCCGUGACCGACGCGCCCUACUUCUCGACGCCCGUGACGCUCGGCCCCGGCGGCGUCUCGGAAGUGCACGGCUACGGUACCUUAUCGGCCUACGAGCAAGACGUCCUCGACAAGGCCGUGCCCGACCUCAUCGCGCAGGCCGAGAAGGGGAUCGCCUUCGCGGCCAAGUGAUUGGGGUCCCGUCGUACUAAGUGAGACUAUAUGAA